UCCCGUCCACUCAAGGAAAUCCUGUAUUGUCUACUGCCAAAACGGUAAGCUCAAAUUACUUUGUGUUCCCAUUAUUAAUGAUUGCGUUGACCUCUUGUUUGUGCUUUCAAAUGUGUGUGUAUACUGUAUAUACAUAAGAAUAGUAGUUGCCCACCAGGCUGAAUUUGCUACUGGGAAGGAUGAGUGACACAGAGGAUGACAAUGAGAUCUCUUUUACCGUGAAGUUUCUUGGGCGAGUGGAGGUGGUCCACCCUAAUGGAAUUAAUAUCCUGGAGGAAGCAGCUCAGAACCUCAAGAUGCCUGACCCAUACUCCUCAGACAAGGCUGCAAAGAAGAGCAAAGUCCAUCUCUUCGUGUCUCUGAGUGGGAUUGACAUGUUGGAAAACAAAACGAAGUUUCUGCUGUACACCUGCCCUCUCCCCACUAUUUCCUUCUGCGCCGUCUUGCCUUCGUCGCCCAAAGUGUUUGGCUUUGUGGCCAAGCACCCUGCGGUGGACAUGUACCACUGCUACUUGUUCAAGAGCGAGACUUUGGUGAGCAUGCGUACAUUCGCACAACUGGAUGGUGGCCUAUUGGUGGACCCCAACUUCCAAAACUUGUUCCCAGGCAUACGUGCUGGUCUCCGCCAUCGGCGAUGUCUUCCGCGCCGCGAAAAAAGAAGAAAGUGUCCGAGGCAGUCGAGACCUGAUAGUGGAGGCCCUCAGGCACAAGAACAAAAUACUACAAAAGGAGAAUUCUGAACUCAAGAAGAGGCUUGCAGACAAAAACAACCAACAAUAAGGACUUAAGCUUGGAGUCUUUCUACAUCUGCAUGUAACUAUAAUACCAACCAUUCUAUUCAGUUGUGCACCUAAAAUCAAACAACCUCUUCACAAACUCAUCAGUCAUUGAAAAUGAUCCAACAAAAUGACACAUUUAAAAAUCCAUGCCUCCACCUUUUGAAAAAAAUGUCUACAUUUUGCAAAUGUGCAUGAGGGCUGAAUAAUCUUGACUGCAACUUUAGUCCCUUUUGUUGUCUUCAGGGAAACCUUGAAGAUCACUUGUAGAACGGAAUUACCUUCAAUCGUGUUUUUACCCUUUUAAAUGUAGUUUGCAUUGUAUUCUUGUUUUGCAUUCAGUUUUGCACCAUUUGACUGAAUUGUGGCUUAAUGGACAACAAAUUUUGUAUACAGAUAAAACUGGCAGUGGUCACUGAGUUAAUAAAAUUAUUGAUUUAA